AUGUCUGAAUCUGAGAUUCACAGUAUUGGACGCAGCCAUCUUCCUGGCCUUGCUGGGUUAUUAGCACUGCCAAUGCCCUCUUUCAACUUUUGGUAUUCAACUACCUUUUGGCUGUACCUUUUUGUAGGCCUUUGGGUUCAUCGCUAUCUCCGUCUUCUAGUUCAUUGCGUCAGCCAUUGGACAUAUAAGUCGAAGCCCAUCCCCAGCAAACCGACAUUCACGAGUAAGGAUGUGACUGUGGUUAUCCCAACCAUUCACAAUGCUUUCGAGGAGCUGCGCCCUUCUAUUGAGAGCAUUCUCGCUUGUGAGCCUGCCGAGCUGAUUCUGGUCACAACGCAUGAUAAGCGAAAAGACCUCCAGCGCCUGGCAGACUCCCUGGUUUUCCCCAAAGUCCGUGUUCUAGAUACUCCUAUUGCCAACAAGCGCCUGCAGGUGUGUGAGGCGCUCCCCAAGGUCGAGACUCCCAUCACUAUCAUGGCGGACGAUGAUGUGACCUGGCCCUCGACUCUUAUGCCCUGGAUCCUCGCUCCAUUUGAAGACCCUCAAAUCGGCGGUGUAGGAACUUGUCAACGAGUACGACGGGAGCAUGAUGGCUCUUGGUCAACCAAGGCCUGGAACUGGCUGGGUGCAGCUUACAUCGAGCGGCGAAAUUUUGAGAUAUCAGCCACCCACAACAUCGAUGGUGGCACCUCAUGCAUGUCUGGCCGUACCGGCGCCUACCGCUCUGAAAUCCUCUCUAGUCAUGACUUUCUCCACGGCUUCAAGAACGAGAAGUGGAGAAAGUGGAUUUUGAAUGCUGACGACGACAACUUUGUGACUCGUUGGCUGGUAAGCCACCAAUGGAAGACAUGGAUCCAGUACGACAAGGAGUGUGAGAUCGAGACAACUUUGGAGAACAGCACCAAAUUCUUGUACCAAUGCUCUCGUUGGGCCCGAAGCAACUGGCGAAGCAACUGGACCAGCAUGGUCACUGAACGCUACAUUUGGAAGCAACAGUUGUGGUGCACAUAUGCUCUUCACUUCGCGACUUUUACUUCGCUGGCCUUUGUCGUUGAUCCGCUUCUCUUAGCUUCAUGCUGGUGGGGAACAGCGGACUGGGAUAUCAAGAAUCGCCAAUACGCGUUCUGGACUCAGUUUAUCUUCAUGUUCGCGUUCACCAAGGUAGUCAAGCUGAUGGGUCUGUUUAUUCGAAACCCAAGCGAUAUCAUGUUCUUGCCUGUUUCCGUCAUAUUUGGAUAUUUCCACGGAUUGAUCAAGCUGUACGCCCUGAUCACUUUGAAUAUGACUUCUUGGGGUAGCCGAGCGGAUGGAGAUGCAAACGAUGAGCAGCGACUUGCUCCCGCCCCGCAGCCUUCAAUCGUUCUGAAGACACCUCCUGGCAAGGGAUCGCUUAUUCGAUAUAACGCCCGUCAAAAGGGACGGCAACCUCAGGCACAGCAAGUCGCAUGGGAAAAGAGCGACUAUGCCGCCUACGAUUCAAGCACCUCGUAUGUGCCCAUACGAGUGCAUACACCAAUGGCAAUGAUGCCAAACACCACCAAGCUGCACACGAACGAAACUUCGAUCAAUUCACAGUGUUGGGUAAUCUGA